AUGGGGACAAAAUUUGUUGUGGGGAACUGUUCACGUCGUGGCCACAACGGGGACAACUCUAGGACGACCUGCAACAACGUUGUCGGAGACGACAAUAAUGGUGGCUGCGUGAAGCUCUUUGGUGUGUAUUUGGAAGGCAAAAGGGAUGGUAAUUCCAUGAAGAAGAGCCUUAGCGCUGGAAAUAUUGGCUCAAAAGACGUCGACAACAAUGGCAGGGGAGUUGAUGGGUGUCUCUCCGAUGGUCCUACUCGACGUAAGACUAAGACUGCUCUUCACAGAAAAGGGGGGCCAUGGACAGAGGAAGAGCACAGAAUGUUUCUAGCUGGUCUGGCGAAGCUUGGGAAGGGUGAUUGGAAACGAAUUUCAGAGAAGUUUGUGGCCACCAGGACGCCUACCCAGGUUGCUAGUCAUGCACAAAAAUAUUUUCUGAGACAGGCUGCAGAUGAGAAAAAGAAACGCAGACCAAGCCUGUUUGAUCUGUCUCUUCAAGAAGCUGUAAUUUCUCUCUCUGUUUGCCAUACAUAUGCCCAUGAAAAAUGUUGUGUUUUAUUUCAUGUCUGUGACAAUUAA